UCACGCAGAACAAGAACGAGAAUAAGCCCUAAAAAAAAAGGGAAGAGAAUCGUGGUGGUGAAGGAGUCUCGCCAUCGCCAUCGCCAUCGCCAUUGCCAUCCCCAUCGCCAUCGCGAUUUCAUCGUCCCGUCGCCGCAAAUGCCGCCGCCGUGCCCGACCCUCUGCCGCCUCCCCGCGACUAACCUCGGUCUCCCUUGGUGCCCCCGGUCCAUACCUCUCCCUCGCCUCGCUCUCGCCGCGCGCCGCGCCAGGGCCGUCGCUGCCAGGGCCUCGUCAUCCUCUUCCUCGCCGGACUCCUCCUUCGGCUCGCGGAUGGAGGACUCUGUCAAGAAGACGCUCGCCGACAACCCCGUCGUCAUCUACUCCAAGUCGUGGUGCUCGUAUUCAAUGGAGGUCAAGGGUCUCUUCAAGCGGAUUGGCGUGGAUCCACAUGUCAUCGAGCUCGACCAUCUCGGUGCUCAGGGACCACAACUGCAAAAGGUGUUAGAGAGGUUGACUGGACAGUCCACUGUUCCUAAUGUUUUCAUUGGUGGAAAGCACAUUGGCGGCUGUACAGAUACAGUGAAACUUUAUCGCAAAGGGGAGCUAGCAACGAUGCUGACGGAAUUGGACAUCAAAGUGAAUAACUCAUCAUGACAAGAUUGAGCGUGACUAGAUUUCUAAAGUACCGGAGCAGUUGGUUUAUUGAUUUGAGCCGUUAUGUACCAAGAUUAUUUUGCAUAUCCAUCUUGACUUGUGCAAAAUUGAUGAUUUGUGUUCCCAUUUGCGUUACCAGCAAGUUAAUUUUGUGUCGUGUAUAUCUGUUACUGUUGCUGAAGCAGUAAAGGAAGAAAACCCUGUGAAUUCGACAAAAAUAAUUCUGAGUUGAUGUAGUCCCGUCGCAAAUCUGAGUUCCUAUACUGUCUAAGUAUCAAUGCAUAUUCUGAUUUGAUUUCUA